GCCACGUUAGUGUUAACAGACCACGUCGACCAGUUUAGCUGCAUACAGUACUGCGCCCUUAGGCAUUUUGCACCGUUGCUCCUUAUUAUGGCUAACGAUCCAGCUUCCGAAUCACUUGAGACGGCAACAUUAUCUGGAGUCGACUACAAAACUCAUUUCGACUCCAAAAUCUUUUUGGAGAAUUAUCACAGGGAUGAAAGCCAAUUCAUCGACAAGUUGUUAGAGAUGCUUCAUGAGCUCACAGCUGCGGCAGGAAUUCGUGAUGGUAGCAGACUCCUUGAUGUAGGGUCUGGCCCGAGUAUCUAUUCUGUCAUUUCCGCUGGAAGUCGAUGUUCAGAGAUCGUCUGCUCGGAUUAUGCAACUCAAAAUCUGGAUGAAAUCCUAAAAUGGGUGAAUGGUGACCCUGAUGCCCACAACUGGCAACAAUGCUUCGAAUACGUGUGCUCACUAGAAGGAAAAAGCGAUGAAUGGAAACUCAGACAAGACCACAUCCGGCAAGCAAUCAAACUGGCCGUACCAUGUGAUGUUCACCAAGACAACCCAUUGACUCCGUUGGUCUUGGAACCCUUCGACGUCAUCACAUCCAGCCUCUGUUUCGAUGCAGCGUGUUGUGACGAAUCAUCAUUUAGGAGUGCUGUUAAACACGUGAUCUCACUUCUGAAGCCUGGUGGAACAUUCUUCAUGGCCGGGGUUAAUGGUGCAACGUUCUACUAUGUCGGUAACAAGAGGUUCAAUUCCUUGCCAUUAACCGACGAGAUAAUCGAAAGUGCUUUUGCUGAUGUUGGCCUGACCAAUUUACGUUGGCACAGUGUGACUGGUGACAUUGAGAAAUAUACCUUUGAGGGCCUCCCAUGUGACUUUUCUGAAGUAUUUGCGGUCAGUGCAACGCGAAUCAGUGGAUGAUGCGCGAACCGUGAACCUCACACUGAAGUCCAGCCACUAGCUAUAAACAUGGUCCUCGUAUAUGGAUCGUACAGUGUAGAUGGACAUCUAGCUAACAGCUCCUCAAUGUAACGAGGCUAUGUAUGGUUUUUAAAGCGAUUUUUCAUAUCUGGUUCCAGCGUUUGAUGUAUUAAAUGAAAUGUCCUGCCUGGGGACAUUGGGUGAUUUCAAAGUUGGUUUUGGUUUAGUGUUGGGUGUUAGUGUCAGUUUCUACCCCUAAAAACCUAUGUCUGGAUAAGACCAAUUCGUGGAUUUAGUUUAACACCAACACCUGGUUUUAUCUAAACACCGAAAACCUUGGCUGAAACUAAGAAGAGGUUUUAUUCUGCAGGUAAAACUAACACCAAGAUGGACAGAGAUAAAACCUUGGAAAAACCAAACAUGCAUGUUGUUGUCGUUGUUACUGUUGUUUCACUAUUGUAACCGCUUCCGAUCUAUAUAAAUUUGUCUUCUUCUUUCACGUCCAUCAUUAUUCCCAUCAGCGUUAAAAAUACCAGCAACUACUUCUUGAAAUGGUACGAACAACAUGAUUUUUUUUUCUUAACACCAACACCAACUUUGAAAUCCACUCGGUGUUAAUGCCUAAGGUGUUAGUUUUAUUGGUAAUACAAAAUGCACUACAAAUCUUUCAAAUAUAACACCGAGCUGGGAUUAAGAUCAGACCUUGGUGUUCCAAUUGGUUUCAGUGUGAAACUAAAACCUAAUUUGAAAUAGGAUAAUGCUAAAACUGAGUGUCAAAACUAACACCAGAACUGAUUUCAUUUCUGGUGUUGUGGAGAGUUUUAAUUUUAGUCCCGGUGUUAGUUUUUGACACUAAAACCAUCCCUUAGUUUUAAGCUAAAACCGGACAUAAUGCUGAAACCAACAAACACCGACUUUGAAAUAAAACCCACUUCAUUUCAAUGCUGGUUUAAUCAAGGGUUUUAGUGUUCCAUUUAGUUUUAAAACUAAAUCUAAG